AGGCAAUGAAGUUAACACCUCAAGCUCAGAAAGACGAACGCACCCUCCUCAAUCUUUUCGAACGAAACAACAUACUCGGAAGCUAACAGUAUGGCCGGAUCAUUCGACUUGGCGAAGCCCAACCGCACCAUUCAGGUUGGCGUCGUCCUGAUGGACUCAGAGACUGAAAUCCUCGACGUCGCUCCAGUGGACUUGCUGUACGGCAUGUCCAAACUCUUAGUCAACGACUUUGGUGAUAGCUUUCUACCGCCCAACCUCAAAGCGCAAGCCUUGGACAUGGACUUCCACUGGGUCAAUCAGACUGGGAAGACGGCCAGACUCACAGGAGGCGCAAGUGUGCAACCUACUGAUGACUUCACCACAUGUCCGCCUCUGGACAUCGUCAUUAUGGGCGCUCACAAGCAGAGCUACAACGCGAACGAGAUCGAGCUCGCAUUCGUGCGUAAGAGCUAUGAGACAUGUUCUGCAUUCAUCACAAUCUGUGGUGGAUUCCAGACUGCCUUGCAAGCGGGCUUGUUUGUAGACAAGACCGCGACCGCUCCUAGGCUGUUCUUGUCGCAUCUUCGAGAAGCGGCGCCGCAGACGAACUGGGUGGUCAAGCGUUGGCAACGGGACGGCAAGUUGUGGACCAGCGGUACUUUGUUGAACGGCCUGGACUUGAUCCGCGCGUUCGUCACAGAGUAUUGGGGCGGCGAGGGUACACUUGCAGAGUUCACUGUGGAGCUGGGUCAUUUUCCCAAGAGGGAUGUCGACUAUAAGGAUACUACCAGUCAGCUCUAAGCAGAGCACAGCAGAGUCUGUUGCGGCAAUUC